UUCCCGCAAAUUGUUUUUGCCAAAUUUUGUGAAUUGAUGAGAACGCAAGUUUUCAAAUAAUAAUUUUCUUUGUUUAUAUUUGAAAAUUAAUGCAUUGUACAGAGAAAUUACAUUACAAUUAAUAAUGGCAAACAAUUCAAAAGUUUCACUGGAAUGGAAGCGACGUGUUAAAAAGGAGUAUAUGAAAAUAAGGCAGCAAAAGCGAUACAAGAGAGCGGAUGAGAUUAAGGAAGCAUGGAUUAAAAAUUGGGACGAACACAAUUACAACGUUCAAGAUUUGUACUGUGAACCCAAAUUAUGGCAGGCCCAACCAUACGAUCCUCCUCAUGUCGAUUGCGUAAAACGGGCUGAAGUUACCGUCUACAAUGGUGGUGGCACGCAACAAGUUCCAAUUUGUGUCAUCAAUGCGGUGACACCCAUACCUACAAUGUAUACAUGGGCUCCUACUCAGCAAAAUUUCAUGGUAGAAGACGAGACAGUCUUGCACAAUAUUCCCUAUAUGGGUGACGAAGUCUUGGACAAGGAUGGCAAAUUUAUUGAGGAAUUGAUCAAGAAUUACGAUGGCAAAGUGCAUGGUGAUAAAGAUCCAUCGUUCAUGGAUGACACAAUCUUCGUAGAACUUGUACAUGCACUGAUGCGCACGUAUCCCAAAGAAAUCGAGGAAAUAACGGGGGUACCCUUAAAAAUCGAGUCCAUUCAAAACGAUGCAGAAAACAAAGAUAAAACAGAAGAGGAUAAGGAUAAGGACAAGGACAAGAUAAAGAAUGAGAAUGAAAGUAAGUCCACAGAAAUUGAACAGGAAACCACUAAAAAGGAUGAUGCAAAAGAGGAAAUUGGUGAAAGUGUUAACCCAGAAAAAGAAGUCGCCAGUGUAGAUAAUGUUAAGGCAGAAGCUAAGGCUGAGGGUGAACCUAUGGAAAAUCUAAAAGAAAAGAUGCCAUUUCCACCUCCAAUUAUUUUUCAAGCUGUCAGCUCUAAUUUUCCGGAUAAAGGAACCCCACAAGAGCUCAAGGAAAAGUAUAUUGAACUCACAGAACAUCAAGACCCAGAACGUCCCCAAGAAUGUACACCGAACAUUGAUGGCGAAAAAGCCGAGAGUGUAUCAAGAGAAAGAACUUUGCAUUCAUUUCAUACACUAUUCUGUAGACGCUGCUUUAAAUAUGAUUGUUUCCUGCAUCGCCAUCCAACUCACGGUCUACAAGUGGGUCAUGCUGGUCCAAAUCUACAGAAACGUCGUUUUCCCGAAAUCAAGCCAUUUACGGAGCCAUGUACCAACAAUUGCUAUAUGCUUCUGGAUGGAAUGAAAGAAAAACUUGCGGCAGAUAGUAAAACACCACCCAUUGAUUCUUGUAACGAAGCCAGCUCAGAGGACAGCAAUGAUAGCAACAGUCAGUUUAGCAACAAGGAAUUCAACAAUGAACAAAAUAAAGAAAAUGGCACGGUGACAAGUGCUGCCUCUGCAGAAAUCAAUUCUAUAAUGGCUGGCAUGAUGAAUACCUCUAGCUCUAAAUGUGAUUGGACUGGUGCUGAUCAAUCGCUGUUUCGUACAUUACACAAAGUUUUUCUCAAAAAUUAUUGCGCCAUAGCACAAACUAUGCUAACAAAGACUUGUCAACAGGUUUAUGAAUUUGCCCAAAAAGAGGCUGCCGAGUUUAGCAUUGAGGAGUUGCGCCAAGAUUACACACCGCCGCGUAAGAAGAAAAAGAAGCAACGUCUGUGGUCACUGCAUUGUCGUAAAAUACAAUUGAAGAAGGAUUCCUCCUCCAAUCACGUCUACAACUAUACACCAUGUGACCAUGCCGGUCCGUGUGAUAUGAAUUGCUCCUGUAUACAAACCCAAAACUUUUGUGAGAAAUUUUGCAAUUGCAGCAGUGAUUGUCAAAAUCGUUUCCCCGGAUGUCGCUGCAAGGCUCAGUGUAACACCAAACAAUGCCCCUGUUAUUUGGCUGUGCGUGAAUGUGAUCCUGAUCUAUGCCAGGCAUGUGGAGCUGAUCAAUUCAAGUUGACGAAAAUCACUUGCAAAAAUGUUUGUGUUCAGAGGGGGCUGCAUAAACACCUACUUAUGGCUCCCUCAGAUGUCGCGGGUUGGGGUAUUUUCCUUAAAGAGGGUGCCCAGAAAAACGAAUUCAUUUCCGAAUAUUGUGGUGAAAUCAUUUCGCAAGAUGAGGCUGACCGCCGCGGCAAAGUCUAUGACAAAUAUAUGUGCUCAUUUCUUUUUAAUUUGAACAAUGAUUUCGUUGUCGACGCCACACGCAAGGGCAACAAAAUUCGUUUUGCCAAUCAUUCCAUCAAUCCCAAUUGCUAUGCCAAGGUCAUGAUGGUUACCGGAGAUCAUCGCAUUGGUAUAUUUGCCAAACGAGCCAUUCAACCCGGCGAAGAGCUGUUCUUUGACUACAGAUAUGGUCCAACCGAACAAUUGAAGUUUGUGGGAAUUGAGCGCGAAAUGGAAAUUGUUUAAAUUAUCUCGAAAUUGUUUUUUUUUUAUAUUUAGCUUCUCAAUUCCAUACCAUAAUAAAAAAAAAUAAAUAAAUACCAAAAUAUCUAUUUGAUUAUAAUA